AUGGUUUUGAGCAGGCUCGGCGACAAGCUCCCUUGCGUGGACAUCUUCGUCUGCACCGCGGACCCGCGGUCGGAGCCGCCAAGCCUGGUAGUCUCCGCGGUGCUCUCGGUCAUGGCGUACAGCUACCCGGCUGACAAGCUGAGCGUCUACCUCUCCGACGACGGCUGCUCGGCCCUCACGUUCUACGCUCUGUGGGAGAGGUCCCGGUUUGCCAAGCUGGCUGCCAUUCUGCAGGAGACACAGCAUCGAGCCGAGGAGUCGUACAAAGAAAUGACCGAGCGCAUCGAUUCUGCGGCCUUGCUGGGCAAGGUUCCUGAAGAAAUCAAAGCAAUGCAUAAGGGAUUUUACGAGUGUGAUUCUUCAGAAGUUACCUCGCAAAAUCACCAGCCGAUUAUUCAGGUGGUUUAUUUGUCAAGCCUGGUUGCUCAGACGCUGCUGGGCCUCGCUCCGACGACGCUCGCUCCGAACCUCCUGGGCCUCGCUCCGACGACGCUUGCUCAGACGCUGCUGCAGCACAGGAGGUUCGGCGAGGGCAACUUCUCCAUUCUGCUCUCGCGGUACUGCUCGGUGUUGUUUGGGCAUGGAAAGAUCGAGCUGCCGCUGCAGCUGGGCUACUGCAUCUACGGUCUAUGGGCUCCAAGCUCGUUGCCUACGCUGUACUAUGUCAUCGUCCCGUCACUUGGCCUCCUCAAGGGCAUCCCUUUGUUCCCGGAGGUGAUCACAAGUCCAUGGAGUAUCACAUUCGUCUACGUGUCAGCCGCGACGUACAUAUACAGCCUCUACGAGGCACUGGGCUCCGGGGUUUCGCUGAGAGGGUGGUGGAACGGGCAGAGGAUGUGGAUCAUCAAACGAACGACGUCCUACCUCUUCGCCAUGAUCGACACCGUCUCGAGGCUGCUCGGACUAUCGGCCAUGGCGUUCGCCAUCACCCCAAAAGUAACUGACGAAGACCAGUCAAGGAGAUACGAGCAAGAACUCAUGGAGUUCGGGGCCUCGUCGACUUCCCCCGAGCUCGUGAUCGUCGCGGCCACCGCGUUGCUCAGCCUCGUGUGCCUGGCCGGCGGGCUGAGCCGGGUCGUGGCGAGUGGCUGCGGCAGCACGAGCUGCCUGAGCGCGUUUGGUCUUCAGUUUGUGCUCUGUGGAGCGCUGGCGGCCGCCAACGUCCCAGUAUACGAGGCAAUGCUGUUGAGGAAGGACAGAGGGAGAAUGGCGUUCGGAGUCAGCGUGGCUGCCUGCUUUGGGCUCGUGCUGCCAGCCUGUCUGAUUUGGGUGAACGUAUUUUGA